AUGCGGACCCUUCUGACUGUUCCAAUCACCAUUCGUGAGCAAAUUUACCACGAGCUUCUCACCUACAUUCCAUCGGAAACAGCCACCAAAGAUGUCGCACCGUCCUCGCCAAUAUGCAAGCUGCUCACUCUGAACCGACAUAUCAAUACAGAAGUGUUGAAGUUUCUGAGCAGUCAAUUGUGCGUGGUGGUCAAGACUAAUUAUUCGCGUUUCGGCAAUUCCAUACUCGAUGAACAAGUUUACCACUUGCCUCUCAUUUCGCAAUUACAGUCCCGCUCCGGAGCUAUCAAAAAAGAUUGCUCCAGAUUUCCCGUUGCUAUGGAAUGGGACAGCUGCGUAUUUCGAAGCAGGCUGCUAGCAGAGAGCACUCCAUACUGCUUGAUGCCAGCCACAAGCAUGAUGCAAUUGACACAGAUCGCCAGAAUACGGUCAGCUUCCCUGCUCGAUACGUCUCUCACGUUCACACUUCUGGAAACAUUCUCCUAUUCCAAAGACAGAGCCCUGGAGAUCCUCGUGGGCCCUUGGCUAGAGAAUCCCAUUCUCCGUCAGAAAUUUCUUGCUGUCAGCACCAACAACGCGAUACCUCCACUCCUGACAGCGGACUUGAGGGAGCACUGGCAGCGACAAGGGAGUGCCGGAUAUUAUCUACUCAAGAUUGACAUGUUCAGGCGGAACGUGAAUAGCGAUACCCCAGAGAACACAGUUAUACAAUACAAGAUGGUCUGUAAGUACGCCCGCCUAGUCUAUGAUUGCCAAUUGGACUGCAUUCGCAGCAACUAUGGAGGUUUCCUUAGCCCGUCUACAGAAGACACGGUUCUCAUGCUCUGGUCCGCAACUUGCACAACCGCUGCGGAUCUAGUCGAGGUUCUAUGUCAUCUCGCAGGUACCUUUGGUCCUAAAGGACUAGAGGUAGCGGAUGCAUCGGACAGUGUGGCAUUGCUACAAGAGGCGCGCAAGGUUGCCGAGGAGAUGAUUAGCUUCCUGUCAGAUAAGCCCUUUUGUGCGCAAGAAGAGUCUAUUACUUCGAACGCAGUGCAGAUACCGGUUCGCAAGCAAAAGUUCUUGAUGAGCUUCAAGGCGCAUGUCGUUUGCAAAGCACUCGGAGACGUAGACGCCGCUAUCGGUUAUCUAGAAGAUGCGAUCAAGUACGAUUCCGAGAGCCCAGAGAACCCGGUAGAGAAGUUGCAUGAGCUAAGAGCUGAGCGUGGAACGGGAAAUGAGGGAUCUGUUCCCAGGGUAGUACGAUGGACAAGUUAA